AGGCGUGGUCCUCAGUACUCGGACCUUUUGUAUCACUACGGAGACGCGUGCAGUUUGCGCUGACCGGAGAUUGUACUAUCGUUGUUACUAUGUUGGCAUGAGGAUCAAGUCUAGCGAGUAGCGGUGGAACCAACGUGCUGAUUAUGCCUAGAUAAACCAACGCAACUAUCUGACACUUUGUGUGAUAAUGGCAUGCGAUGGUUCGAUUGAAGAUUUCCCCGACAAAGUGUUGUUGACCGGAUCACCGUCUUCAUGCACGUGCAUCAAUACGUGCAAAACCCACAACAGAAGUAGUAGCAGCGUGAGCAACACCAGUAUGGUUUUCCUCGGCUUCUUUAUUUUGUCUCUGUCUCUGCACGUUAUCACGCUGCUGUGCUACCUGGAUCUCCGGUCCGAAGUGAAGCGGGAAAUUUCUCAGCGGAAAGGAGGGGACGAAAAGUUGACCCUCGGUGGAACUGAUGUGACCGACCUGUUGAACCCCUCCGAUCACCGAGUGAUGGACUCCGGCGCCCGGGCACAGGGUCACGAGGAGAGGUUGGAUGGCCACCCCACCAGACCCCCCACAGCCCCAGGGGACAGUAGCAGUAUUCACAGACAGCCGGAUGGCCACCCCACCAGACCCCCCACAGCCCCAGGGGACAGUAGCAGUAUCCACAGACAGCCGGAUGGCCACCCCACCAGACCCCCCUCAGCCCCAGGGGACAGUAGCAGUAUCCACAGACAGCCGGAUGGCCACCCCACCAGACCCCCCUCAGCCCCAGGGGACAGUAGCAGUAUUCACAGACAGCCGGAUGGCCACCCCACCAGACCCCCCUCAGCCCCAGGGGACAGUAGCAGUAUCCACAGACAGCCGGAUGGCCACCCCACCAGACCCCCCACAGCCCCAGGGGACAGUAGCAGUAUUCACAGACAGCCGGAUGGCCACCCCACCAGACCCCCCACAGCCCCAGGGGACAGUAGCAGUAUUCACAGACAGCCGGAUGGCCACCCCACCAGACCCGCCACAGCCCCAGGGGACAGUAGCAGUAUCCACAGACAGCCGGAUGGCCACCCCACCAGACCCCCCACAGCCCCAGGGGACAGUAGCAGUAUUCACAGACAGCCGGAUGGCCACCCCACCAGACCCCCCACAGCCCCAGGGGAGGGUAGCAGUAUUCACAGACAGCCGGAUGGCCACCCCACCAGACCCCCCACAGCCCCAGGGGACAGUAGCAGUAUUCACAGACAGCCGGAUGGCCACCCCACCAGACCCGCCACAGCCCCAGGGGACAGUAGCAGUAUUCACAGAGCCAAACGGAGCCCAAGGAAACACUCUGACUCAGAAUCAACUGGGAAACGGAAAGAAACGGAAAGAAGAAAGAAAGGCAGGAAGAGGUCUCCUCCAGGAGCUCAGGGCUCCCCCGGUCCACCUGGUUCCCCAGGCCCCCAGGGGCCUCCAGGUAUCCCUGGUAUCCCUGGUAUUCCUGGUAGCAACGCUGUGGGCCUUGCUGGACCUCCUGGUCUCCCCGGGGCACAGGGGCCCCCCGGGCUGACGGGACCGGCAGGAGUCGACGAUAAAACCAAAACGAGAGAAUUCCAGCCUGCUGUGGUGCAUCUACAAGGACAGGAAACCACCAUACAGGUUAAGGAGGACCUGUCUGAAGGUGUUUUGAGGAACUGGAAGAUGGUGGCGAUCCACCACCGUGUCUUCAAGAUGCACUCUCGCUCCGGAGAACUGGAGGUCCUACUAGGUGGCAUCUACUUCAUAUAUAGUCAGGUAGAAGUGUACUAUCUCAACUUCACGGACAUCGCCAGCUACGAGGUGAUGGUAGACUCCGCCCCCUUCCUGCGUUGUACCUGCAGCAUGGAGACGGGUCAGAGGAAGUUCAACACGUGCUACACGGCGGGGGUCAGCCUGCUGAGGGCGGGACAAAGGAUCUCCAUCAGGAUGGUCUAUGAUGACACGCUGAUCAGCAUGACCAAUCAUACUACGUUCCUGGGGAGCGUCAGGCUGGGGGAUUCCCCCUGACCAUGACCAAUACGGCACCACUUCUCCCUGACCAAUCAUACUACGUUCCUGGGGAGCGUCAGGCUGGGGGAUUCCCCCUGACCAUGACCAAUACGGCACCACUUCUCCCUGACCAAUCAUACUACGUUCCUGGGGAGCGUCAGGCUGGGGGAUUCCCCCUGACCAUGACCAAUACGGCACCACUUCUCCCUGACCAAUCAUACUACGUUCCUGGGGAGCGUCAGGCUGGGGGAUUCCCCCUGACCAUGACCAAUACGGCACAACUUCUCCCUGACCAAUCAUACUACGUUCCUGGGGAGCGUCAGGCUGGGGGAUUCCCCCUGACCAAUACGGCACCACUUCCUGGGGCCCCCUGACCAAUCACACCUCCUUCCUGGGACUUCCUGACCAAUCAUACUACGUUCCUGGGACGUGUCAAGCUGGGGGAUUUCCCCCUGGCCAAUACGGCACCACUUCCUGGGGCCCCCUGACCAAUCACACCUCCUUCCUGGCGCUCCAUGACCAAUCACACCUCCUUCCUGGCGCUCCAUGACCAAUCACACCUCCUUCCUGGCGCUCCAUGACCAAUCACACCUCCUUCCUGGGGCCCCCUGACCAAUCACACCUCCUUCCUGGCGCUCCAUGACCAAUCACACCUCCUUCCUGGCGCUCCAUGACCAAUCACACCUCCUUCCUGGCGCUCCAUGACCAAUCACACUACGUUCCUUUUGGAGCGUCCGGCUGGGGGGGAGACUCCCAUGUCAGGACAUCACUAAGUAGUACAAUCAAUCUUGAUCUCCGCUAUAAAAAGCACCUAGACAUUAUCUCAUAUUUCUUUUAGACUCAAAUUAUGUUUUCAACAGCGGACAUUUGUAUAAAACUUUGUCUCUCCGACAUUUGCAACAUAGUUUCAAUAUUCCGAUUGGAUCUCCAUCUGUCCCGCAGUAACGAACGUGUCGGGAGUCGGGACGAGACAGACAGGCAGACAGACAGACAGACAGACAGGCAGGCAGACAGACAGACAGGCAGACAGACAGGCAGACAGGCAGACAGACAGGCAGGCAGACAGACAGACAGACAGACAGCGUUUCUCAGCUAGUUGAAAUCAUGAAUCAGCAUCAUUUUUAUUUAUACAAAGAAAUGUCAAUUGAAAAAAGGUGAAAUGAAACGAAGUGCAGCUAGUUUUCAGUCUUUCCAGCUUCAGUUUGAAGUUAUUGUGUUGGCUGUGUUGUUGGCUGUUGUUAGGCAAUUAGCAAGACACCCCCAAAAAAGGAGUGAUUCUGCAGGUGGUGACCACAGACCACUUCUCAGUUCCUAUGCUUCCUGGCUGAUGUUUUGGUCACUUUUGAAUGCUGGCGCUGCUCUCACUCUAGUGGUAGCAUGAGACGGAGUCUACAACCCACACAAGUGGCUCAGGUAGUGCAGUUCAUCCAGGAUGGCACAUCAAUGCGAGCUGUGGCAAAAAGGUUUGCUGUGUCUGUCAGCGUAGUGUCCAGAGCAUGGAGGCGCUACCAGGAGACAGGCCAGUACAUCAGGAGACGUGGAGGAGGCCGUAGGAGGGCAACAACCCAGCAGCAGGACCGCUACCUCCGCCUUUGUGCAAGGAGGUGCACUGCCAGCGCCCUGCAAAAUGACCUCCAGCAGGCCACACCACCUGCAGAAUCACUCCUUUAUUGGGGGUGUCUUGCUAAUUGCCUAUAAUUUCCACCUUUUGUCUAUUCCAUUUGCACAACAGCAUGUGAAAUUUAUUGUCAAUCAGUGUUGCUUCCUAAGUGGACAGUUUGAUUUCACAGAAGUGUGAUUUACAUUGGAGUUACAUUGUGAUGUUUAAGUGUUCCCUUUAUUUUUUUGAGCAGUGUAUUUAACAUUUAUACAAAUAAAAUUGAGAAAUUGC